GAACGUUUAUCUUUACCCAGCAGGAGUUGAGGGGUCGAGGUGCAGCUCUGGUCAGGUAGAGUGUAAGACUGGUGGUCGGUGCAUCAACAUCAAUUAUGUGUGCUCCUCCGGGAAUCAGUGCAGUGACGGCUCUGACGAGGAUCCCUCCAUCUGUAAGUUUUGGAAGCACACACAACAGUAUUGCAGCAGUGGGAAUGUGUACUGUAAUUCAGGGUGCUACUCAUUUGAAAAUGCUUGUAACAGAAUGUCUGAGUGCCCCGUCGACUCUCGUAUUUGUCAGAUAAUUAAACAGAGGAAGCUGGCACUGCCGCCCAAAAGCAUGAACAUGACAAGCGAACUCGUGACGUUGUUCGCCACCGCCGUCAACUCUACUCUACAAAACAAGAAAAGGAACUGUCCAUUGCUCUACACGUACGUCGGUGACCGCUGCCUCUCACUUUUCUCUGCUGCUAAGGUGUCGUGGCCAGAAGCCAGACAGUUCUGCAGGUCCAUCUAUGGCGACCUGUUGAAACUUGAUGACUUAGCGGAUUUGGGACAUCUGCUGCAGUACAUGAGAGCGUCAAUGCUGACAUCGGAUUACUGGAUCGGAGGUCGCUUCGACUUAGAUACUAAUGCUUGGUCGUGGACCGUGGAUGACUCCACCAUGCCCCUGGGCUCUCCUUUCUGGGCUGAGAGGCACAUUAGCACAUGCACCCCGCGUCCUCCACCUCAUACUGAUCCCUUCAGCGACCCACCUGCUGCGCUGCCUGGUGCCACCUGCUACGAGUAUACGCAGGCACCCGAGAACCGCCAGGAAGGAUGGUGCUCCGCCCUGACUUACAAGCACUUCUACUAUAUCAGUGAUGAGAGCUGCCAGGAGGCAAAGAGUCCUCUUUGUAUGUUGGAGGUUGACAUGGAGGAGAACAAGCCUGAGGGUGAACCAACCGUGAGCCCCUGAUCACCACCCACACGACCUGAUGGGUUCUCCAGUCCCUAACCAUCACUGUACCUUCCACAUGAUUAUAGUUUUUCAUCCCUAGCUGACCCACUUGACGUCUGACCUGCUGACUCCCCCUUGUUGGGUUUGUAAGGGCCAUUAACAGUUUAUAUCGUAUAGAGCCCUGUUUACCGAUGUACAGAGAUAUUUUGCCCAAAUCUAAAUGAUAAAAGGCAUAGGAGACUCUUUGCAAAUAAAAACAGACACUAGAAGUUCCCAAACAGACUAGGUAUACCUCCUCGCCAAGCCCCAGCAGAGCAAGACACCUACAUUCUCACCUGAGUUCAGCGGGCUUCCUACUAAGACCGUUAACCUGCUGACUCAACAUGGGUCAACUAAUCUGUUUCCUGCCUCCUCCCUUGCAUGUCUCAUCCUACCUAGUCAGUGAUCAAACCUGUGAUCUGACUGCUAUAGCUACGUAUAAUCUCCUUUAUGUGUUACCAUAGGUAAAGUAUUCACUAGGUGGCCCCAUGUAUAUGGGUAAAUAAUUUAAUAAGUAGCACUAUAACUAAUGUUUUGUAGGUGGCACCUUAACUAAUCUCUCACAGAUGGUACCAUUACUAAUCUAUCAUAGAUGGUACCAUUAUUAAUCUCUCAUAGAUGAUACCAUUACUAAUCUCUCAUAGAUGGUACCAUUACUAAUCUCUCAUAGAUGAUACCAUUACUAAUCUCUCAUAGAUGGUACCAUUACUAAUCUCUCAUAGAUGGUACCAUUAAUAAUCUAUCAUAGAUGGUACCAUUACUAAUCUCUCAUAGAUGGUACCAAUACUAAUCUCUCAUAGAUGGUACCAUUACUAAUCUCUCAUAGAUGGUACCAUUAAUAAUCUAUCAUAGAUGGUACCAUUACUAAUCUCUCAUAGAUGGUACCAAUGCUAAUCUCUCAUAGAUGGUACCAUUACUAAUCUCUCAUAGAUGGUACCAUUACUAAUCUCUCAUAGAUGGUACCAAUACUAAUCUCUCAUAGAUGGUACCAUUACUAAUCUCUCAUAGAUGGUACCAUUACUAAUAUCUCAUAGAUGGUACCAAUACUAAUCUCUCAUAGAUGGUACCAUUACUAAUCUCUCAUAGAUGGUACCAAUACUAAUCUCUCAUAGAUGGU